CUUGGAGGAGUUUUCCUCGCUGGUUCUCCUGAUGUGAACUCGGCUGUUAUCAUCAUAAGAGAAGCUCGGGUCCUCACUGUGACUGGGAAUGGCUGCUGUUCUCUUCCGCGGAGCUCUACUCUUUGCCUUGAGCGUCGCUUCCUGGCUUCAAUCCCUCAGCCUGGUGACAGAGCCUGCACCACACUGGGGCAGGUUUUCUAGCUUCUGCCACUGGCCUUUGGGCCUUCCUGGCGCAGGUCCUCCACAGGGGCUUGCAGGAGACAUUGCCGUGGGCUCCAGGCCAUUGGCUGGACACGUGGAGGACACUGCCUUGGGCUCUAGGCCUUCAGCUGGACUUGUGCGGGACAUUGCCGUGGGUCCGUGUCGGGUCGCUAGGGCGUGGACAGAUCUCUUGCACUCCUCUGCAUUUGACUUUUUGGAUACUAAUUUUGUGUUGGGGAAUGCCCAGAUAGUGGACUGGCCUAUCGUGUACAGCAAUGAUGGAUUUUGCAAGCUGUCUGGGUACCACAGGGCAGAAGUGAUGCAAAAAAGCAGUACCUGCAGUUUUAUGUAUGGGGAGCUGACUGAUAAAGACACAGUUGAAAAGGUGCGGCAAACUUUUGAGAACUAUGAGAUGAAUUCCUUUGAAAUUCUGAUGUACAAGAAGAACAGGACACCUGUGUGGUUCUUUGUGAAAAUUGCUCCAAUUCGAAAUGAACAGGAUAAAGUGGUUUUAUUUCUCUGCACUUUCAGUGACAUAACCGCUUUUAAACAGCCAAUUGAGGAUGAUUCAUGUAAAGGCUGGGGAAAGUUCGCUCGGCUGACCAGAGCACUGACGAGCAGCAGGGGCGUCUUGCAGCAGUUGGCUCCCAGUGUACAGAAGGGUGAGAACGUCCACAAGCACUCCCGCCUGGCAGAGGUCCUGCAGCUGGGCUCAGACAUCCUUCCGCAGUACAAGCAGGAGGCACCCAAGACUCCCCCUCACAUCAUCCUGCACUACUGUGUUUUUAAGACCACGUGGGAUUGGAUCAUCUUGAUCUUGACUUUCUACACAGCCAUUUUGGUCCCUUACAAUGUCUCCUUUAAGACCAGACAGAACAAUGUGGCCUGGCUGGUUGUGGACAGCAUCGUGGAUGUCAUCUUUUUGGUGGACAUUGUGCUGAAUUUUCAUACCACAUUUGUUGGACCAGCGGGGGAGGUGAUUUCUGACCCCAAACUUAUCCGCAUGAACUACCUGAAGACGUGGUUUGUGAUUGACCUUCUGUCCUGUUUGCCAUAUGAUGUCAUCAACGCUUUUGAGAACGUGGAUGAGGUUAGUGCCUUUAUGGGUGAUCCAGGGAAGAUUGAUUUUGCUGAUCAGAUUCCACCACCACUGGAGGGGAGAGAGAGUCAGGGCAUCAGCAGCCUGUUCAGCUCUCUGAAAGUUGUCCGGCUGCUCCGUCUUGGGCGAGUGGCCCGGAAGCUGGACCACUACAUUGAAUAUGGAGCCGCUGUGCUGGUCCUGCUGGUCUGUGUGUUCGGGCUGGCUGCACACUGGAUGGCCUGCAUCUGGUACAGCAUCGGGGACUAUGAGAUCUUCGACGAGGACACCAAGACGAUCCGCAACAACAGCUGGCUGUACCAGCUGGCGAUGGACAUUGGCACCCCUUACCAGUUUAAUGGGUCUGGCUCAGGCAAGUGGGAAGGAGGUCCCAGCAAGAACUCUGUCUACAUCUCCUCGCUGUAUUUUACCAUGACCAGCCUCACCAGCGUGGGCUUUGGGAACAUUGCCCCGUCCACAGACAUUGAGAAGAUUUUCGCGGUAGCUAUCAUGAUGAUUGGCUCCCUUCUCUAUGCGACCAUCUUCGGGAACGUGACUACCAUUUUCCAGCAGAUGUACGCCAACACCAACAGGUACCAUGAGAUGCUCAACAGUGUCCGGGACUUUCUCAAGCUCUACCAGGUACCCAAAGGCCUGAGUGAGCGCGUCAUGGACUACAUCGUGUCCACCUGGUCUAUGUCCAGAGGCAUCGACACGGAGAAGGUUCUGCAGAUCUGUCCCAAGGACAUGAGAGCCGACAUCUGCGUGCACCUGAACCGCAAGGUGUUCAAGGAGCACCCGGCCUUCCGGCUGGCCAGUGAUGGCUGCCUGCGCGCCCUGGCGAUGGAGUUCCAGACUGUGCACUGCGCCCCCGGGGACCUCAUCUACCAUGCGGGAGAAAGCGUGGACAGCCUGUGCUUCGUGGUCUCCGGUUCCCUGGAGGUGAUCCAGGAUGACGAGGUGGUGGCCAUCCUAGGGAAAGGUGAUGUGUUUGGAGAUGUGUUCUGGAAGGAAGCCACCCUUGCCCAGUCCUGUGCCAACGUUAGGGCCUUGACCUACUGUGACCUGCACGUGAUCAAACGGGACGCCCUGCAGAAAGUGCUGGAAUUCUACACCGCCUUCUCCCACUCCUUCUCCCGGAACCUGAUUCUCACCUACAACCUGAGGAAGAGGAUAGUGUUCCGGAAGAUCAGCGACGUGAAGCGGGAAGAGGAAGAGCGCAUGAAGCGGAAGAACGAGGCGCCCCUGAUCCUGCCCCCCGACCACCCGGUCAGGCGGCUCUUCCAGCGGUUCCGGCAGCAGAAGGAGGCCAGGCUGGCGGCAGCGAGGGGCAGCCGGGACCCUGAAGACACGGAUGUGGAGAAGGGCGGUGCCCUCAGCGAGCCCAGUGCCACCAGCCGCGGCCUGGUGCUGGCCAGCGUGGUCACCGUCCGCGAGAGCCCUGCCACGCCCGUGCCGCUGCAGGCGGCGCCGGGGCCGGGGUCCGGGCCGGGGUCGGACCUCGCCAGGCUGCACGCGCCGGGCUCCGAGUGCGCGGGCGCCAAGCGCAGGGGCUGGGCGCGCUUCAAGGACGCCUGCGGGAAGGCGGAGGACUGGAGCCAGGUGUCUAAGGCCGAGUCCAUGGAGACGCUGCCCGAGAGGACGAAGGCGCCAGGCGAGGCCACGCUGAAGAAGACCGACUCCUGCGACAGCGGCAUCACCAAGAGCGACCUGCGCCUGGACAACGCGGGCGAGGCCCGGAGCCCCCAGGACCGGAGCCCCGUCCUGGCCGAGGCCAAGCACUCUUUCUACCCCAUCCCCGAGCAGACGCUGCAGGCCGCCGUCCUGGAGGCGAAGCUCGAGCUGAAGGAGGACAUCAAGGCCUUGAACGCCAAGGUGGCCAGCGUGGAGAAGCAGCUGUCGGAGAUACUCAGGAUCUUAACCGCCAGGAGGUCCUCUCAGUCCCCGCAGGAGCUGUUUGAAAUAUCGGGGCCCCAGUCCCCAGACUCGGAGAGAGACAUUUUUGGAAGGAGCUGAGGGGUUUGUUAGAGAAACCAGUCCGCGUCCGCACCCCGCCCCGACACCACCCCGCCACACACGCUCGAGCGACCGGUCAUUUCCAGAGUCGGCUUCUCCAAGGGCCCGGGCACAGGCUCAGGCCGCCCCCUCCGGGACCGAGGAGGAGGUGCCUCUCCGCCCCGCGGCAGCAGCGAUUCCCAGAGAAGGGCGUGCUGUCUCAAGGGUGUUCGCCUUUAUUUUAAACUUUCUACUACCGUGAUACUUACGAAAGGUUAAAGCUACCCGAAAGAGCAGCAGCGCUCUGGAACCAGUAGGAGCGUGCUGAGUAGCCCCGAUGUGGACACCACAUCGCCUCCGUGCCGAGGCCCCCAGCGGCCACGCUGGGCGCCUCGCCUGCACAGCUCGCCGUGGCUUCAUGUUUCCCUACUGUGACAUUGCAACGAUCUCCGACAAGGGGAGCUGGAGGCGCAGGGAGAGGAGAGCCCCUCGACUUUGCCGCUGGUGAGAAGGCCAAACAGCCCCUCCCACUCACCAGGCGUGCAGCACGGCCAGGGUACGGCCAGGAGCGGGCCUCGGCUUCAGGAGCUGUCCGGGCCUGCAGCCUGCCCCGCGCAACGCUCCACACGGAGGCUCUGGGGAACCCUCCGGCCCUGCUCCACACCGGGCUGCUCUGCGUGUUUUCCUUCUGACCUCUUCCGAGUGUUCUCCUGGCAUUCCUCAGGGUAUGGGCAUCAGCAGGAAGGGUGGGAGCCCAGAGUUGCUUUACUGACAGACACACACACAACCUCAGAAAAUGAUUGUAGCAAGUGCUAUCUGUAUUGAUUCUCACAGGGACUGCCCUUCAGAAAUUUGUAUUUUGCCUACUGCAUAGGGUCUUUAGAGGACAUUUGGGAGCCAUGCUUGGCCUUGUUCGAAUGCCAGCCUAUUUCCUGCUAAGGAAGGAUGGCAGGACUGUGAUCAUAAUGCAUACAGGAGCUGGGGAAAGGACGAAGCAGGAUUUUGAAGCCAUCUCUGUAAGGCCGAGAGCAAGCUGUGGUCCAUGAAGAAGGUCUGAACCCAGAGCCAUGGUCAGAGCAGCCGCAUCCAGUGUCACGAUGCUUGGGACACUUACUGCCUUGUCACCAGGGCCGGGCAACUGGAGGGCUUGGGCUUCUCUCGGUGGCAUCAGAGAGAGGAAGGCAGACCAGCCUCUUCAGGGACAGUGGCGCUUGCCUGGGUGCACACCCUGGAGAGAGGUGUUAGGGCCCCAGCCCUGCGGAGCUCGGCCGGAAGUUCAGCUCUGGUGUCAGCCUUAAGAGAUGGACUCAGGCGUGCAGGCGGCAGCGUGGCCUCACCCAGACCGCAAGCCUCUGCCUGUGUAGCACUGUGGUGACCCCGGCCACAGCUCCUCCGCCUGGCAUCACUUUGCUGUCAAAAUUCUGGAGGCCAGUGUCCUUAGGAAAGCUAAAAGAUGGAGACCUGUCCUACCAAAGAUUGUGUUCCUGAAGGCCUCCUUCCAGGCGCCUCCACCCUUUCGACCUGCUUGGCCCUGGGUGGUGAAGGGAGUGCGUGGGUGGCUCAUGGAGGGCCAGGGGCACCCCAGCCUGUCAUUCCACAUAGCCCCAGAUGGCAGCACACGUGGAAGGGGAAGUGUGACUUCCUGAGGCUGCAUCUCACCUGGCCACAGAAUAUGGAGAAUCCCCUCUGCACCCUGCACAUUCCUGUUUGCCCUUCUUCAAACAGGCUCGUUAACUGCUGCUUGGGCUGGCAGGGUGGGGCACCUCGGAACCCCACAUCCAGCUUCAGGGGCGCCCUUCCUGGGACACGACGGUAGGCUCCUCAGCACCCCGCCGGCCACACCAGAGGCCUUCUACUUCCUGCCAGCUCUGCCGUCUGUUAGACAUCGAGUGCCUGGGUCGGAAGGGCAGGGAUGCUGGGGACCCUCGGGGUCCAGCCUCGUCCUGGGAGAGGAAGCUUCAGGAAAGCACUUAGGAUAAAGGGAAUCAGGCAGAGACUGGAGUCCCGCCUGGCCGUGGGAAUCCAUUCAUCUCAGGCUGUAGACCCUGCAGCACGAUUCCUGCAGGUGACAGUUAAGAGCAGCACAGAUGUGGCUGUAUCUGCUUUUAUUCUUCUCCAUUUAACAAUUUUUAAGGAGUUUUUACUAAAAUUGUUUUCUCUGAAAAAACAUUUUUUAAAUGAGCCAAUCCUUUUUCCUUUACAUGAUGAAGGCUGCUUUGUGCUGCCUUUGCCAGGUAUGACCCCGGGUACCUGGGCGAGGCCCACAACCCUCAGCUACCACUGACCUGCGCUUCCAGUAGAAAUCCAAUGGCUGAAGAUAGGCUAGAGAAAGCUACUGAGUAUUACACUGAAAAAUUAUGUGGAGAGAGAGAGAGAGAUGUCUGAGAUUUUUGUUGUCUUUUGGAGAGACAUUGCACCUGUUUCCAGUAAGUCCUGCUUGCUUGAUCUCCACUAACCUCCUCAUUCUGAGCCUGAUUCGGGAAGCUCCGUUUCCCAGCAGACAUCCCGACAGGCUGACUUGAAUCACUGGGCUAUGGAACGUGCUCUUCCCAUGGUGGAGCGAGGGAUGAAUCUAAGCAGCAAGAUGGGCAACGUGGGCUCGUUCUUGACCCCAGCGGUGCGGUGCCACCCCAUGUGUCCAUGGACGCCGCCUCCGGUGGGGAGGAUGUGAUGUCCAGGGAAGGAGGCAGCAGCCACUGGGUGCACACAACUCAUGCAGCUGCCCCCUUGGUGCAGAGCUCCAUGAUGCUCACGAGGCUCCCAUGUGGCCAGGUGUUUAAAAGCUAUGCCCACUUUGUCAGCCUUCCAGCCAGCUUUGGAAAUACAUUUCUUCCUUUCAUUUCUUGUUAGUUGAUUCCUGGGGCCUGUUUUACUCUAGGGCUCUCAGAGCCGCUGCUGGCCACACAUCAAUCACUUUCUGGAAGCUUCCUCCUCCGUAAAUGGGGCCACCUAGGCAAGGGGCAAAACGCACCCCGUCACCCUGCCCCAUAGAGCAGUCCUGACCCUCCAAAUCAGGUGGGAGGUGAAAGCCUGCGCCCGCUGUCUGGCUUGUCCAGGCUGGGCCAAGGAGGCCUGGAAGACCUCUAGGAGCUUGCUGGGGGAAGACCGGCUCUUCCCCGGGUUGCGCUGACUCCCACAUUGUAUGCGCAUGCUGGGACAUUUUUAGGAGCUCAGGUGGAGCACACGUUGCUGGUGUGCAUUUGACUGACAGGUUGUACUGUGUGCAAUAAAGAUGUUGAGCCUUAAGCCCCUUGAACGGACUGGCGCGGAGGGACCUGCAGCAUAGCCUGGCCGGCUUUCCUGUGCCUCCGAGUCCAGUGUUGCUCCCUGUGCUGCCUUCCCCCCUGCUUCUGUAAAAAUGACCUACACCAGCUCCUGCGCCCUCCACCUGGAGGAGACCUCAGUCCUCUCGGCAUCGAGCCCAAGCGUCAGACAAAGUACCACCUUCUCACCCAAGGCAUUGGUGUUCAGAACUUUUAGUUCCCACUCCCCACAGUUCAAAAGAAUCAAUGUGAAUUUACCUGCAGCUUACGUUAGUUUCAAGGGAAACUUCAUUCUCACGCAAGCAUAUCAGACUAUUGUGGAACCUCUGGGACUGGACUUGAAUACCUUGCACGUUUCAGACCUGGGGUGCCCUCUCUGCUGCCAGUCACCUUUCCUUAGCCGCUCUCCCCUUACCUGUGGCUCAGGAGUCAUCCCACGGGCCCGUUAGCUGUUCAGUGAGAAGUUCGCAGCUCUUGCAUCAGAUGAGCUGCAUUUGUAUCAAGGAUGCGCUGCCUAAUGAAUACAUCCUCUUAAUAUUCAGGCUCUGUCUCUGCAUUCGCUGCAGACAGUCCACAUUCAGCAUUCCAAGGCAAGGACACUUCUGCUCCUGGGCAGAUCAGCAUUCUGGGCCUUCUCCAUAUACUAGCAGUCUUUCCAUUAAGUCCUGCCAGAUCCUUGAGUUUUCCUUUUUCCUUCACG